UAUUCAUUUGUGGAAUCCUCGACCGAACUCCGAAGGUUCGUCUCCGACUCUUCCAGAGAGACAGAGAGACAGAAAGAUAUAUAUAUAUAUCUCUAUAUCUUUCUCUGUGAGUUCUCUCUUUGGAAAACUGCAUUAUCCCCGUUUGAUAUAUAUAUCAAUUGCAUGCCGUCGGUGGUUGUAUGUCGACGAUAAGGUGGUUGGUUUUGUUAAGAUCAGGAUAAAGCUUUUGCAGAGUGAGUAGUUUUGAAGGAUAAAAAGAAUUCGGUGGGAAGGACGGACGUACGGACAUUAAUUGGAAGGAGAGAUUCUCAGGCGGCCUUCGGUUUCCAUUUCAGGCAGAUUCAUAAUACGAGGCGUAGCUUAGAAAUUGAUAGGAAAGAUGGACAGCAACUGUGAGGGGUCUCACUUAGUUUCAGAGAAAAUUACUCCAGUGGCACCUCCAUUGCCUGCUCCAGCAACAAGCAGUUAUCAUGGAUCACGGGUUAGAGGGUAUUGCUGUGUCUCUACAGCAACAAAAGAUUUGUGGGAGCGCCUCUUUGAUGAAGGGUAUAGAGCUGAUGUUUUUGUUAAUACUGUCAAUGGUGGCAUCAUCUAUGCACAUGCCAAUAUUCUUGGCAUGGCUUCUCCUGUGAUGAAAGGCAUGUUAAAGAAUUCAAAAAGGCGUGAUCGGCAGCGAUCGAUUUCAAUUCGAGGUGUUCCACAUGAUGCAGUUCGAGUUUUCAUUCGAUUCUUGUACUCUUCCUGUUAUGAGAAAGAAGAAAUGGAGGAAUUUGUGUUGCAUUUGUUGGUGCUGUCACAUGUAUUUGUGGUUCCACAGCUGAAGCAAGAGUGCAUGCGACAACUAGAGCAGGGUUUGCUUACCAUAGAGAAUGUAAUUGACAUCUUUCAACUUGCAUUAUUGUGUGAUGCCCCUCGGCUUAGCUUCAUGUGUCACCGUAUGAUUAUGAGGAACUUCAAAGCUGUUUCUGCUACUGAAGGAUGGCAAGCUAUGAAGCAAAGCCAUCCAGUGCUAGAAAGGAAAAUUUUGGAUUCUGUAACUGUUGAAGAUGAUAGGCAAAAGGAGAGGACCAGAAAAUCAAAUGAGAGAAAGAUUUAUCUGCAAUUAUAUGAGGCAAUGGAGGCUCUUGUUCAUAUAUGCAGAGAUGGUUGUCAGACAAUUGGCCCCCAUGAUAAGGACUUCAAAGCAAACCAGGUCCCUUGUAAGUAUGCAGCCUGUAAGGGACUGGAAUUGCUUGUCCGCCAUUUUGCGGGUUGUAAAUUGAGAGUCCCCGGUGGCUGCGUUCAUUGCAAGAGAAUGUGGCAGCUUUUGGAGUUACACUCCCGGCUUUGUGCCAAUUCUGAUGUCUGUAGAGUUCCCUUGUGCAGGAACUUUAAGGAAAAAAUUAGAAGACAGAGCAAGAAGGAUGAGAUGAAGUGGAGAAUACUGGCGGAAAAAUUAUUGAGAACAAAGACCAUUGCAGGAGAACCAUUCUUUUCAUGGGCACUUGCCAGCUCUACAUGACAACAAAGUUUGCUUCUCCUAGAAUCAGCCUUAACUGUAAAUAAGUUGUAAUUGCCUCUUUAUAGAGAAAAAGUUGGCCCAAAAGUUAGUGGUGUUCCUUUGUAUCUCAGUGUGAAAUUAUAAAGCAGAGGAUCACUUCCUCCCAAACCACAUGCCUUUAUCAUUCCCUGGAAUGUAUACCAAAAAGCUUGAUAUAUUGCUAAAUGUUGGACAUUCUCG